ACACGUUUCGGCGUAUGACACGUUUAAGUUAACGAUUGCUUCUAUUCUGAAUAUAUUGAAAUGGCCAAUGAGCUCUAAAGUCAAACAUCACCCAUACGUCUCCCUUCACCAAUGACUGUAACGUUAUAUAGUAUAAAAGAUGGAUAAACCCAUCGUGCCGUGACAGGCACCAGCGUUUGGUUUCCUUGGCGGCAGUAGCAACAACAGGAGGAGCUUCGUUUAUCAGUGCUUGCCACAUAGUCACAAAAACCCAGAGAUCGGGGUUAACGGCGACAACGGAUUAGACCGGUGAAAGACAUUGUUUGUUUUUUUUGUCACGAACGUAGCUAGGUGUGGUUUGAUACAGCUAUCUGAAGAAUUUACUGGCCUUAAGGAGGGCCCGGUGGCCAUGGCUAAAGACCCAUUAGCAGAGGCAGGCUUUUAUUUUGAUGAACUCAACAAGCUACGGGUAUUGGAGCCGGAUGUCAGCCAGAAGACCUCAGAGCUCAAGGAAGAGUGCAAAGAAUUUGUGGACAAAAUUGGCCAGUUUCAGAAGAUAGUUGGAGGUCUUAUUGAGCUGGUUGAUGAAUUGGCAAAAGAAGCAGAGACAGAAAAGAUGAAGGCAAUAGGAGCUAGAAACCUGUUGAAGUCAGUGGCAAAACAGAGGGAGGCUCAACAGCAGCAGCUUCAGGCUCUCAUUGCAGAGAAGAAGAUACAACUUGAGAGAUAUCGUGUUGAGUAUGAAGCAUUGUCCAAAGUGGAGUCUGAACAGAAUGAGUUCAUUGACCAGUUUAUUCUGCAGAAGUAAGGCUAUGACUGAGACAGCAGAAAAUGUCUGACUUAUGCAGUCAUGAUUCCAGAGUGCGAGUGCCUGUCCCCACUUCAGGGAAUUACUCUGCUGCAACUUUUUCUGAAGCAAUCCCAAAGCUCCAACUUCAUCCUAAAACCUCUGCACCUCCUCGCACCACCUUAUUUCUGUUAUGCUUUUGUGUGCCAGCUGUCUGCUGUGCCUGCUCAGCUCUGGUCAGCAGGUGUGAGGCUUUACAGUGUCGUAACUUGAAUACACUUUAGACAUUGUUUUGUUCACACCAAAAAUCUAUUUAUACAAAAUAUUAUUUUUACUAUUUAUACCGAAGAAUUGCUCUGUAUAUCUAGUUUUAUUACAUUUUAUAUCGACUCAAAUCUUGUGUGUGCAUGCAUCUGUAAAUACAUUUUAGUUUUAAAUGAUAGCAGAAAGUUGACAUUUUGAUUUGGGUGUCUGUUAUGUUUUAGUUCAUUCUCCUGGUAUUAACGAGUCUGUGGGGACAAUGCAUGUGGAAAAAUAUCUUCUCUUCAGCUACAUUGUCCUUCUGUUAUGUGUAUCAUUGUCUUUCAUGUAUUAAUUAGAUGACAGAUGGUUAUACUUGAAUAAAAACUGUAUAUUGCACAAGAAAA